AUGACUUCUGCGAUACCGAUACACAACUACCACCCCCCACGGCAUCCGAACGCCAUAACUCCGACUUCAGUGACCUCGCCUACAGUCAACGCUACUCCUCGCUCGUCGGCUUCGACGGGCGGUUAUUACACCUCUUCGUCCGCUUCGACUCAACACACCUCGUACUGGCCUAACGGAGCUUCCUCCGUUUCCACAGUAGCGUCGGCGUCUCCUCGAGUGAACGCUGGUUUGGCAGCUGCACAGUACGUUACGGGUCGUUUGCACAAGCGGGCGCGCUCGGGCCACAAGACACCCGAGGAGAUCCCAGACGAGAUGUUUGACGAGGGGUUCUUCUCUGGACCGGGGUCGCCGCCGCCAGUCGACAUGUUCAAAGCAGCUCCCAUCAAGUCGAAAAACAAGAUCAAGCCUUUGCUCAAGAAGGUGUCGGUCAGCAGGAACAACUCGUUGGAUCUGUCGCGAUCGGAUGGAGGAUUGCCGGGAGGUGUUGGGCUUGGAAUCUACGAUUCGCCGGGCUACGAGUCCAGUGGUAUCGACGAGGAUCUGUUGGAAACCGCGUUCCCCAAGCAUCCUCGUAAACGGCACACACGCACAAUCUCGACUCUUUCGACGACGAGUGCGAGCUCUCCGCUAGUCGCGGGCGCCAACCCGACUCAGCCUUUCGCCCACCCCAAGCGACAGGUUCCCCGCCGAGGAGCUUACACACCCGACUUGUCGCGCGACGGAACCAGCAAUGAGUCCAGCUCCGAGUCUGAAGAUGAGUGGACGACCAGGCGCAUAGUACUGUCCGGCUCCAGCCGAAGUGCCGCGUCCGCAGCUGCACGUGGUGUCACGACGAUCGACACGCACUACGAUGGCCGUUCGACUCCGCGAUUAACCACCACCCCCAGCCUUGACGACCUUCCCGAGCAAACGCCUUGUUCGCAAACCACUUUGUCUCCGACUACCCCGGCGUCUCCCGCCGACUCGCUCGACACCGUGUGCACCAAGAAGCCGCGAGGACGCCAGUUUGUGUCUUCGAAGGAGAACAAGCGCCGCGAGGCGUCGCCAACGUUCGCGGCCUCGGUUACGGCCGCCAGGAUCGCAUGGGAAGCGAAGGAGGAGAAGAAGGAGGAGAAGAGGGAGAAGAAGCGCAGAAGGUCCGAGGCCAAGGAUGGCGAUCGGAGGAAUUCCUCGAGCUCGUAUCGCAUUCGCGGAAAUUCCGGUUCCAGCGCGCAAACGAACGGGACUAUCUGGGAUGACGAGGUCGAGGAGCCCGGUUACCGGGAAAAGGACCGCGUCAAUCUCCUCGACGAUGACGAGGUUUACACUGGUCGGGGCUCUCCGCAACUCACCACGAAAGCUCAAUCCAUGAGCAUUCGUGGCGAGAACGCCACUGGCAAGAAGUGGGGUAUCUCGAUUCCCGAGCCGGCCAACGACCACCCCCACAGCGGCGGUGAUCGGAAGCGUGUGGGGCUGAAGAAGAGAUGGCUGGGCUUCAUCGUCUGGGUUCGGAUCGGCAUGGUGCGGCUAGGAAGAAAGAUUGGCUUUUGA